AUGUCUUCACAGGCUGAUUUGAUUGCGCAAGCAGUAUUGCAGCAAUUCCACAAGUUACCUGCAAAACGGAAACCUGCCGUUCGCGAUAAUGGUUUACAUGAAUGGGUUCCUCUGAGUGGCAUCGUUGCUGAACAGAACGGGGUCUUGACCUGUCUUGCUCUGGCAACUGGCAUGAAAUGCCUUCCGGUGUCGAAAAUAGCACAGUCGAACGGUGUUGGCAUCCAUGACUGGCAUGCCGAGAUCCUGGCCAUCAGGACUUUUAAUCGCUUUCUGCUUGACGAAUGUCAAAGUCUCCUGGAAAAUGAAAACAAAUUGAGCAUUUUGCAGAGAAAAAAGAAUAUACCCAACAGCGAUGGAAUGUGUCCACAGUCUUUCCAGGUUAAAGACGAUGUAAGACUGCAUAUGUACUGCUCAGAAGCGCCAUGUGGCGAUGCCAGCAUGGAGCUCACAAUGGCCGCCCAAGAAGAUGCUUCAGCAUGGGAGGCCCCAACACCCACAACCAGGACUCCUGAUCCAAAUGCCGAUACCUCUCUGUUAGGGCGAGCCUGCUUUUCUCGAACUGGUAUUGUUAGGCGAAAGCCUGCUCGAGGAGAUGCACCGCCAACGCUCUCCAAGUCCUGCUCCGACAAACUAGCACUUAAACAGUGCACUUCGCUCCUCUCAGCUCUAUCAUCACUUUUUAUUGACACAACCAACGCAUACAUUCACAGUAUCGUAUUGCCAGAAUCCCAACAUUCUGAAGUCGCUUGUAGACGGGCUUUUUCAGAAGAAGGUAGAUUGAAACCUUUGGCUGGUAAGAUGUGGUUGGGAGGAUAUUCUUUCAAGCAAUUCUCAACCUUGACAACUGGUCUGGAGUUUGAAUUCUCAAAAAUAGCCGUGAAAGCUCGGGCUGAUAAGAUAUCGGCAAGCAAUCUUGCAGCAACGUGGUCAUCUUCAGGGUUUGAAGAGAACAUAAUCGGGGGAGUUAUUCAAGGUCGGAAAGCUUUCAACACAAAUGCAGCAAGUCGCAUGUCAAGACAACGCAUGUGGGAGGCAGCCGGGGACCUUGCCGAUAGACUCGGUGCCGGGUGCUCUGCCACAGCACUAUAUCUCAAGUCUUGUACUUAUCGGGAUGUAAAGCAAGGCCAGCUAACAGCUCAUAGAAGAAGAGUUAAGGAAGAGGCGCGCGAGACGGCACUUGUAGGGUGGAUUAGGAAUGACGGGGGAUCAGAUUUCCAACUAGAAAAGCGUAGCAAUCAUUGA